AAGUGAUAAAGAUAUGAAGGUUCCAACAGUGGAUAAAUUUUUAUUUUAUUUUCCUUUAGAAAUCGGUGGAUAUGUCAUUGGUGGGAUAUGCUUAUUAAUAAGCAUCGCUAUGAUCACAUUUCCAUCGAUUUACAUCACCAACAUUUUGAUUGUGUACAAUUCUUUCAACGAAUCAGACCAAGAUGCACUUAGAAAUAUCAUAAUCAUGAUGCUCAUAUAUUAUGGAUUGACUGUUUCGUACUUUAUACUUCUACUUGCUGCUGGUGUGCUGGUUAUUCUUGGGACAUUCUUUCAAAAACACAAAUUCUUGAUCCUUCAUCAAAUCUUAACAGUCGUUCAAGUCAUUUCAUUCUUCCUGAUGCUAUUUCGAUUUCCAUUUAUUGCUCUAAUUCCCGUUUUAUUGUUCACGGUUUUGGGAAUAUACUUUUUCAUCAGCAUACAGUCUCUCUACACAUCAUUAAAGAGUAAAAUUCAACAACUGAAUAUUAGCAAUGGACAUCAAAAUGGACAUUAGACUUGAAUACACCUGCUCGAAUGUGUUGAUAUAUAAAAUAUGAAUGAUAUAUCACCUAUCAAUGAUUAAAUGCCUGCCAGAUCUAUCCAUCUCUCUUUUAUUUUAAAUUCCCGAGAAGAAAAGAAAUUGAAUAAUUUCAAGAUACACACAUCAUUAAUCAUAGACAGGCAAAAGUUUAUGGACAUCUGAA